GGCAGGGUUUAUGUAACUCUCUUUUAAAGGAACCUGAUCCUUGCGCUCGCCCUUUCCUAUUGGGAGUUCGCGCUUUGUUUGGGGAUCCAGCUCAGCCACGCUGAGCUCUCACAUCCUCCGUCUGCCGCCUCGCACACUUGCAGCGCUACAGGAAAUACACAUGAUGAAGAGUGGAAGGACUGGCUUCAUUACUAUUAUCCCACAUGGCCAAUGAAUCGAGGCCCUGCCCAUGUGAUAUUGGGGACAGGUUUGACUAUGGAGGCCGUGGGCAGGAGGUUCAAGUUGGGCACAUCAAAGCCUAUGUCUGCAAACCUUCUGCCAGCACCGACAAAGCUGUGAUUGUGAUUCACGACAUAUUUGGAUGGCAGCUCCCAAACACCAGAUACAUAGCUGAUAUGCUAACAACUAAUGGAUACAUAGCCAUCUGCCCAGAUUUUUUUGUGGGACAAGAAGCUUGGAAACCUUCUAACGACUGGGCAUCUUUCGAUGACUGGGUGAAAACACGAGAUGCCGGCAAAAUAGACAAAGAAAUUGAUGUCGUCCUCAAAUAUCUAAAGGACCAAUGUGGUGCGAAGAAGAUUGGUGUCAUUGGGUUUUGCUGGGGUGGAGCAGCAGUGCAACAUCUGAUGCUGAAGAAUCCCCAUUUAAAGACUGGAGUGUCCCUCUAUGGAGUGAUCAGGCGUUUUGAGGACAAACACAGUUUGCUGCAUCCUACCUUCUUCAUUUUUGGUGAGAAGGAUGACAUUAUUCCAUUGGAGCAGGUCACCUUGCUGGAGCAGAAGCUUAAACAGAACUGUAAAACUGAUUAUGAAGUUAAAAUUUACCCUGGACAGACACAUGGGUUUGUGCAUCGCAAAAGAGAAGAUAUCAAUCCUCAAGAUAAACCUUAUAUUGAGGAAGGAAGAAUGGAUAUGAUCAACUGGCUGAAUAAAUAUCUUUAGAUUAAAUUAAUGCCAAUAAACAAAAACAAUUGUAGUAGGAAAUCAGAAAAUAAUACAGACUAUAUUGUUUAAAAUGUUCUUACAACCAUAAAAAUAUUUUGUAAAACUCUUCUGCAAUAACACUACUUAUUUGCACUUACCUUCUAAGUAGGGGCUUAGAAAUGGCUUUUCAAAUGAUGAAAGCUAUAAAUGUAAAGAAGAUUUUUAACACUGGUCUUGUAUAUGUUAAAAUUAUUAGGAUUUCAUGUGGCAUAUUUUCUGUCACCUGAAAGUUUAAUUUUUUUAUAUUAAUGUCAACAUGAUUAAAAGUCACUGAAACUCUG